AAGGACAGCCAAAAAAAGCUGCCCCUCGCGGCACAAACCAGCACAACAAGGAAGGACACCACCCCAAAAUGCCGCUCAUCGUCAAGCCGACGCCGGCCCACCCCGAGCCGCCGGCGCACAAGAUCAUGCCCGCCUUCGCGACGCGCUUCGGCCCCAAGCUCGCCGGCGAGGUCGCGGCGACGGACCGCCUCGUCCGCGUCAAUGCUCUAACGGCGCUCUGCGACGCGCUGAGCGACCCGGAGCAGGCCCACGGCUGCGCCGACGCCGGUGUUGUGGAGACGCUGAACGCGCACGUGAGUGGCGGCCAGGACGCGCCGACGCGCGUGUUGGCCGCGAAGGCUUUGUGCGGCUGCGCGCGCGACGCGCGGGCCGCGCGGGCCAUGGUCGACGCCGCUACGCCGGCGGCGAUCCAGGGCGCGUGCUUGAACGACGCCGAGCAGGACGUGCGCAUGCACUGCUACGACGCUUUGAUAAGGUUGGGCGGCGGGCCUCGAAGAGGCGCUUCCUCUAUUGUCGCGGCGGGCUACCCGAAGGCGCUCGUGGAGAAGGCGGAAAAGGAAAGUGUGGGAUUGCAGCCGCGGGCCCUGGACCUGCUGACGAGUUGUUUAGGAAACGAGCAGGGCUUGGCCGAGGCCCUCGACGCGGGCGGCAUCGCGACGUGCCUCUCGCUCCUGGGAUCCAUGGAAGCCGCCGUGCGCGCCGCGGCGGGCCGCUGCCUCGCGGGUCUGUGCUUCGACAUGAGCGCGAAGGACGCGGCCGUCGAGGCCGACGCCGUCGACACGUUGUGUGCUCUCCUCGAGGACCCGGACUUGGGGGCGCGGCGCGCGGCCUGCGCGGCGCUCGUGAGCGUCACGACGACGGACGAGGGCAAGCGGCGCAUGGUGCCCGCGGAGCCGCGGCCGCGCGACGCCGUCGCGGCCAUCAUCGCGCUGCUGGCCGAGCCCGACGCCUACCUGACGACGACGGCCUGCAAGCUCGUCGCGAACGUGGCGGUCCACCCCAAGGUGCGUGCGCAGCUGCGGGAGGACAAAGAGUGCCUGCCGGCCAUCGACGCGCUCAUCGCCGGACCAGGUACUGACCAGGACGCGCUCGUCGCGCAGCACGCGCGCAUCGCGAAGGACGCGGUCCUCUGGGAGCCCUGAGUCUCA